UGUGCAUGGGAUCAGUCAGUAGAGGUUGGGAUUAGGCUUCGGCACUGUUAGUGCCAAGCACUUGCCUUCCCUCCACACCAGUUCUGAUGCUCUGGGACGGGGCACACCGUGGCAGGUCUCCAGAGAUUUUGGGUUUCCUUACAGUGUGUUUCCUCACUACCUGACUGCCCAUCCUCAGAUGUGGGAUGCCUCAUAGAGCCCAGCAGGGGCUUUGGGGCCUUUGUUGUGUUUUUUUUUUCUUUCACUGUUCGACUUCCUUUUGAAUGGGGUUGACACUUUCUAAUGUGGGGGGCAAGAGGGAAGUGUAUCCAGUCCACUUGAUGGCAGAUGCACUGUGAGUGAUUUCUCACCAGCUCCCGGAGCACCGAGCUUACUCUUUCUGCCGUUGGGUAAAUUUAAACUUGGAGUCCGCUGCUCUGAGCGAUUUCCCAGGUUGCUGCUAGGCGGUCAGUUUUAGCUGAUUGAGGAGACAGCGGUAGUUGGUACUGGGGAGGUACUUGGGAGGGAGAAUGAGGCAGGCGGAGAAGAAGAGGGGGCUUCGGGUAUGAAUGGUAGGACAGGGCAAGAGAGAGGAGGGGGUUAGAGAAUGGGAGAAGAAGGGAGAAGAAGGGCACAAAUGGGAGAGCCCGAGGAACGUGGUGGAAACAUGCAGUUGUACCCACACUGACCUAAAAUAGCUUCAUCCCCUUGCCUGGGCCCUGUGGCCCGGGCCAGGCUGCGUCGGUGGCUACUAUGACCUCCCCGCUCCUCACCCCUCGCACUGGGGGCUGCUGCACAGACAGUUUGUCAUGAAAAUUGAUGGCAUGCAGGUGCAUGUGCCUGAGCUCUGUAAGGCAUGGGGGGCGGUGGGGGUGGCAGGUUUUAACUUUGGGAAUUACAUUUCUCUAAUUGUCUCUACUAGCCCUCUCUGGACUAGACAGAUUUUGGAGAGAAUUGCCACAGAAUUUAACCAGUUACAGUUUCAUGCUGUUCAGAGCAAAGGCAUGCCUCUUCGGGACAAACGUAUAGCCCACAUUACGGCCAUGCUGCAGCAGGCCCUGGGAGGCCUGCUGCUAGAAGGGCUUCAGACUUCCAAUGUGGAUAUCAUACGGCACUGCCUCCAGACUUACGCUACAAUUGACAAGACACGGGAUGCAGAGGCGUUAGUUGGUCAAGUACUGGUGAAACCGUACAUGGAUGAGGUGAUUGUAGAGCAGAUUGUUGAGUCUCAUCCGGACGGCCUGAAGAUCAUGUAUGCUAAUAAGCUCCUGGAGUUCGUUCCUCACCACUGCCGCCUUCUUCGAGAGGUCACAGGAGGAGCCAUCUCAAGCCCUCAGCUGUCCCACCUGCCCAGAGCUCUGCAGCCUUCCUGAGUCUCUCAUGGCUUCUCAUCACCCACAGAAGAGCAUCCAGUCUUCCUGGCGCAACCUGUGACCGUUGGUGCUUGAGUCCUAGUGGUUCUCCUCUGUAGAACUUUUUACUGUGGAACUUUCCCCCAUACCACUAUGGUUCCUGGCCAGACAGGAGUGCUUGACCUUCCCUAACACACCUGGUACAGAAGAUCCCUGACUUCACCUUGGUUCAGUUUAUGGUUUUUUGACUUUUUAUAAUAGUGCAGAAGUGAUAUGCAUUUAGUUUGGAUCUUUUCCCAGGCUGGCGAUCUACAGUAGGGUCCUCUUUUGUAAUGCUGGGCAGGGGCAGCAAGCACAGCCCCCAGGCAAACCACGUGAUCACGAGGGUCAGCAACCAACACACUUGAACUGUCCUGUUCUAGCUUUCAGUGCAGUGUUCAGUAAGUUACAUGAGAUACCAGACGCUUUAUUGUGAAAUAGGCUUUGUGUUAGAGAAUGUUGCCCAACUGUGCAAUACUGUAAGUGUUCUCAAGACAUUUAAGUUUGGCGGGGCUAAGCUCUGAUGUUCAGUCGCUUAGGUGUUUUCCAUGCAUUUUCAACUAAAGAGAUUUCCAGCUGAACAAUGGGUUUAUUAGAAGCCGAGGCCGUCAUAAGCCAAGGAACAUCUGUCUAUACUGUGCGCUUCUGUGUUUUCCUUCAUUGCUUCCUGUCUCAUAUCCCUUUGUCUUUCUGUUGAUCUGUCACUCCACAUGAAGCUCCAGUCAAAUAAAACUUCUUUUUUUUUUAAGGUUAUUUAUUUAUUUACUUAUUAGAGAAAGCAUAAGCAGAGGGGGAGGCAAAGAGUGAAGCAGGCUCCCCACUGAGCAGGGAGCCCAAUGUGGGACUCGAUCCCAGGACCCUGAGAUCAUGACCUGAGCCACCCAAGCGCCCCCAGGCUAUGGUUAUUUCAAGAAAAAGUCCUAUUUGUGAAUUCUUCAUCUAGUGAAGAUGAAUUAAAAUCAGAAAGUCAACUCUGCCACCUUUAAAAACCCAGGAACAGAAAAAAAUUCCACGAGCAGGUAUAACCCUAUCCACAAUAAAUCACUUUCAAUCCAGUCCUGAAAACUAAUACAGAGUAGGAAGAAAGCAUUACAGAAAAAUUUUGUUUUCAUUAAUCAAGCUGGAAAAUAACGGGCCUUACAUGAAUGCCCUUUAGGAAGACAGUUCUUAUAGUUUUAUGUUGAUGGAAACUAACAUUACAUUCGAAAUGCAUGUUAAAACCAUGACUGUAGAUUAACUACCACU